AUGAGGGUGUGGAGGGUUCAUCGUAAAAAAGAGAAAAUGCAAUGCCCUUAUGAUGUUUUGAGGUGGAUUUUGGUUUGGAUGAGUUUGUGUUUUUACCUUGUAUUCACAAUAGGACCACCAUGGCGCCGGCGGUUCAUGGAUUCUCCUUGUCCUCGAUGUAAUCAUUGUUACUGCUCUUCAACAGAAUAUCCUCACGAUUGUGGGAAACAUGAUCCAGCAACAAACGAGGAUACACCGACAAUGCUAUCUGAGGAAUUGAAGUUGCAGAAAAUUGUAGCCAAUGAGACCUUGGAACACACAAGAAGAUUAGUGAUGAAUGCCAGAAAUACUUUUUCACAUUAUCUAAAAGAAGCAGAAAAGUGCAAUAUAGGGAUGGAAACUUGUGAAGAAGCAAGGGAGACAGCAGAGGCUGAGCUUGUCGAAGAACACAAGUUGACAGUAUUAUGGGAAAGUCGAGCCCGUGAUUAUGGGUGGAAGGACAGGAAAAGAAUGCGCCUAAGAAGUUAA